AGUGAUAACAUGAAGAUGCUCCUAAUCUUUCUAGGUCUGCUUGGUAAUUCUAUUGCUAUGCCAAUGCAAAUGCCCCCAAUGCGGGGAUUUAGCAGUAAAAGUGAAGAGAUGAUGAGGUUCAAUCAAUACUUUAUGAACUCCCCGCAUAUGGCACAUCUGGGUCCCAUGUAUGGAAAUGGUAUGCCUCUCUUUCCACAGUAUCAAAUGCCCAUGUGGCCUCAAUCCCCACCUAAUAUGGGGCUCCCACCAAAAACCUCAACUCCUCCAACACCCAAGACUGAUCAAACUCAAGAGACCCCUAAACCCACCCAGUCUCCACCCAAAAAAACACCACCAAAGCAGCCUGCACAGCAGUCACCAACUACCCCUACUCAGCCCCAAGAGGAAGUGCCACCCCAUCAGGCAUACCCACCAUUUGGGAAUGGGUUAUAUCCCUUUCAACCUCCCUGGCCAGUUCCACAUAGGAUGCCACCAGGCUAUGGGCGUCCACCAACAAGCAAUGAAGAUGGAGGGAAUCCUUACUUUGGAUAUUUUGGAUUUCAUGGAUUUGGGGGCCGUCCUCCUUAUUAUUCAGAAGAAAUGUUUGAACAAGAUUUUGAAAAACCCAAAGAAAAAGAUCCUCCUAAAGAAGAGAGCCCAGCCGCUGAGCCCACCUCUAAUUCAACUGCUCCUGAGACUAAUUCUACCCUAUCAAAUGCACCCAGUCCCAGAGGUAAUCCAGGUGGAAAUGACACCAGCACAACUGGCACCGCUGCUAGUAACCCUCAAAAUGGAGUCAUCCCAUCCCCUACAGUUAAUGUUUCAAACCCAGGAGUGUCAAGAAAUCAAAUCCCAUUGGGACCGCGCCACAAUUUUUAUGAAAAUUAUCCAAACCCUAAUGUCAGAAGUUUUCCAGCAGGAAGACAAUGGCGUCCCACUGGUACUGUCACCUGGCAAAGACAAAAUUUGCCUUUUUACAGAAAUCAACUAUUUCAAAGAGGUCCACAGUGGAAUUCCUUUGCUCUUGAAAACAAACAAGCUAUUCAUCCUGGAAUUCCAUUUUAUCGCAAAGCUUAUGCUUCCACUGCAAAAGGCAAUUCUCCCAAUCAAGCAGGAAAUCCAGCAAAUUUCAAAAGAAAGGCUCAAAAUCCAAAUAAGCAACCUUUGGGAGACAAUGUGGCUCAAAACGUUCCUCUGGGUGCUAAAAAUGAUAUCACUGGCCGCAACGAAAAAAGUCAGAAUCCAAAAGUGAAGCCAGUAGGCCAAAAAGAAAAAACAGUAACCCCUACAAGGGACCCAACUAGCCCCUGGAAAAACUCUCAAAAUUUUGGAGUCAAUAAAUCAAACUAUAAGCUCCCUAACCCUCAGCCUGAGGGUAACAAACUAAUCCCAAAUUUUAAUUCUGUUGAUCAACAUGAAAACACUCAUUACCUAAGAGGAGAUUCCAGAAGAGCUCCAAAUUCUGAUGUACAAACCCAAAGUCAAAAUUUGCCCAAAGGAAUUGUUUUAGACCCAAAAAGAAUUCCAUAUAAACCAGAAACUAAUGCCCCAGAAAUAAAGCACAAUGCAUAUCAGCCUGUAUACCCUGCAGAAAUCCCUUCCUUGGCAAGAGAACAUUUUCCUGCUGGAAGAAAUAGCUGGAACCCCCAAGAAAUCUCUCCAUCUUUUAAGGAAGACCCUGAGAGGCAGGAAGAACAUAUACCUCGUCCUUCCCUUGGCUCUAGAGGAAGUAUUUACUACCCUGACUAUAAUCCCUAUGAUCCCAGGGAAAAUUCACCAUACCUAAGAGGCAAUACAUGGGAUGAAAGGUAUGAAUCUUCUAAUACUAUGAAUCAACCUGAAAGUCCACUGUUCCCCAUGAAUACCCCAAACCCAAAAGAGACAUCCCCUUAUAAUGAAGAAGGCCCAGCUGAUCCAAAUGGAGAAGAAUCUUUCACAGGACAGAGUAGAUGGGGCAUGGAAGAGUCAAGGUUUAAGGGGAGCCCAACAAUUAGGCAGUAUGAAGGUGAACAGUUUACCUCAAAUCAGCCAAAGGAAUACCUUCCAUAUACUUUAGAUAAGCCAUUGAAACCCAGUGAAGAUUUUCCUUAUGGUGAAUUUUAUCCCUGGAAUCCAGAGGAGAAUUUUCCUUCAUACAAUACAGUUCCCUCUGUUCCACCUGUGGAAAACAGGGGAUAUUAUCCUAAUAAUGCUAUUGGACAAGAAGAAAGCAGUCUAUUUCCUUCUUGGAGCUCCUGGGGGGACCACAGAACUCAAGCCCAAGUUGAGAAAGAAAGAGGACCAUAUUUUAACAGAAAUUUCUGGGAUCAAUCAACAAGUUUACACAAAGGUUCCCCUAUUCCACCACACCCAAAAGAGAAUCAGCCCCAUUCCAGUAACUCCCCAGCUGGACUUCAGAAAAAUCCAACAUGGCAUGAAGGUGAGACUGUAAAUUAUGACAUGCAAAUGACUAGGCUAAAUGCACCAGAGAGAGAACAGCCAUCUUUCCCAACUUUAAUUGCUCAAAGUCACCCAGCAGGUCAAAAUGAAGCACAUUCAUUUCAUCUACACCACAGAGGUCCUUGUUGUGUGAUGGACUCCAUGGGGCAAAUGGACAAUCCACUUGCUCUUCAAGACAAUACUCCUUCCUUUGAUGCUGCACCAGAUGAGAAUCAAGAUACUAGCCUUCUGUAUACAGAAGAUAAUCAUACUAAACAUCCAAGACAUACUAUUUCCCCCACAAGCAUCCUACCGAACCAAAGAAAUAGCUCAGAGAAAACACUUCCUGAAGAAAUUGAAAACCCAAGUCAUUUUAGAGAUGAUGUAUCUACUCUCAAGAGAAAUACACCAUGUUCCCUAAAACAUCCAAAAGCCAAUUCCCUUCCAUUAGAGAAUACACCUUGUGACAAAAAUGACCAUGGAAACGGGAAUAAUGUUUUGGAAGAAAUAUUCGAAGACAACCAGUUCAUUGAAAGAAAUGUUGGCCUUACUCCUGAACGGCUUGUUAUCAACACAGUAGAUGAAGGUCCGAAACCAGAAGGAAUCCAAAGUGAAGUGUCAGGAAAGGACGGUGAAAGGCAGAAACAAAGACUGUCUAGUAUCCUACAGGUUCCAUGCUUUGGCUCCGUAUUAGCAAAGUAUCACUCCUCCAGCACUGGAAGUCCGUCUAGUAGUGGAAGGCAAGGCCCAUUUGAUGAGAAUCCCAUUAUGCCUACUGAAAUUCCUAAUUCAUUGGAUGGCUUAGCCUCUGAGGCACAGUUUCAGAAUAGCAAUGUAGAUCCACUCAACACAGGUGAACAUUCUCCAUUUGAAUCCCUUCAAAUAGUCACCAACCCACAGGAUCAAGUACAAGACUGCUUACUAUUUCAGGCAUAG